GAGAUGGGACCCAACCCUCCACUGGACCAUAAGUAUUGACUCGCAGGGCAUUUCUGUAAUUUCACUCCCCUUGCAUGCGUGAUCCCCCAUUUCUCGUGAAGCAAGCAUUAGAAGAUGAAGCAGAAAGAAGAAGAAGAAGCAGAAGCGCCUCUCAUUCAUAAUUCACCCGCUCCUCCCUCUCUCUCUAAAAACACCCUUCAUUUUCUCUCUCUAUAAACUCACACGCCCCACCUAACGUACUUAUAAAGAAUAUUGAAGAUAAAAGGCUCUCUCUCUCUCUCUCUCUCUCACGUAUGAUGGGUUCUGAUGAGCCUGCAGAGAAUAAACCGCCGAAGCUCUUACUAUUCUCACUUCCUAGCUCCCAGCAGCAAUAUUCCGAGCCGCCGGUGACGCCACCGCUGCAGACCUCUGCUUCGGUCCCGUUCGAGUGGGAGGAGGCACCGGGCAGGCCCCUAUCUUGCGCCGCAAAGCCGAGGACCGCCCGGUGCUUGGAGCUGCCGCCGAGGCUGCAGCUGGCGGAGGUUAAGGUCAACUGCUCGCCCCCGACCACGGUGCUGGAAGGACCUCAAGUGGGUCGGUCUCUUUCAUGCGCUCUUUCGUUUGGGGGCAAAACGGGGUCGUUUAGGAAAGGGGUGGGAGGGGGCGGUGAGGGGAAGAGGGAGUGCGAUAGGGAGGGGUAUUUUGGGUCAUGGAGGUGGAAUAGUAGUGGUAAUAGGAAGGAGAAUAGGAAGGGUUUUGGGGGUAGUCUUGACUUUUCAUCAUCGACGUUCGUGGUUGAUGAUGAUCAGGAAGGAAGUGGCGGCGGAGAAGGAGGGAGCAGCGGUGGCGGUGGAGGAAUAGAGGUCAAGAUCACAAAGACGAGAAGGAGAGGGAGUUUGUCAAUCAGACGGUCUCAACUGUGGGCUACCAUUUGUGAAAGCUUGAAGCAAACAGCCCCAUGGAGGAGAAGCUUAACCAAGAAAAAAUAAAAUAAAGUGGAGAACUGAGCUCUUGUCGUGAAGCCUCUCAUCUCCACCCUACACUCUCCCACGUGGCUCAUUCAUUGUAAUGAUCCAUUGGAUAACUUUCUUCCGUUGUAGUUUGUCGAGUAGAGUAAGAAGAGGCUUUUCAACCUCUAAUUUAUAGAGCAGGCAACAUCAAUAACCAAGUUGUUCACUUAAUUAUUGCUAAAACGAUUGAUCUGAUGCAAAACUCAUUGCAACUGUUGAAUUUU